AUGGAUCCCAUAGAAGACCUGGUUGACCGUUUGCUGCGGCACGCGGAGACAGUGCGCGCCUUCUCCUCCGACAAGGCAGCGCUCGAAGCGGCAGAGAAGGAACUCACGGAACAGAAAGAAGCUCUGAACAAGGACAAAAAAGCGCUUGCACAAGACCGAACAUCAUUCGCCGCCGAGCAGGAAGCAUGGAAGGAAGACAAGGACUCCUUGGCCAAGGGUAUGGUGGAGAAGGAACGGGAAACCCUCCGCAAGGACGAAGCACAACUCCGCCAUGAUCAGCAACUCUUAGAGGCGCAACGGCAACAGGUUGAUCGGGACAAGAGGUCUCUCAAAGAGAAAGCCCUGACUGAAGAGAAAGCGGCUUUCGCGGCUGAGAAAAACAGCUUCUUUCGCACCCGGAGCGCGGAAGCGGAAGAGAUCGUCAAGAAGAAGCUGGCUAAGCAGAAAGAGGCACUCAAGCAAGAAACAGAUGCCUUCUAUGAGGAGAAGCAGCGCUUCAUUGACCGAAAGGCAGAGCAAGCGGCGGAGGCACACGUUAAGGAGAGGAGGGUGAUAGAGAAGCGGGAGAAGGCUCUGGAGGAAGAGAGGGAGAAGUUUAGAAAGGGGCAAGCCAAAGAGGCGAAACAGAUUCACUACAACGAAUGGCAGGAGGUCAAAUCCCAGAGGGUUGCCCUGGAGAAAGCCACGGCCGAGGUGGACAGGAUGGCGAAGCAAUACGGCGAGGUUUCCAAUCUAGCUGAGAAAGAAGCCAAAGUAGCGGCAGAUCUCAAAGAAGCCAGGGAUAUCAAGGCGGAGUACACCAAGCGGAACACGCAGCAAGCCAUCAAACUCGCCAGCGUAGUAACAAAGCUACACGGCGGGAAGUACAAAAAGGAAUCCUUGGAAGAGACGGUAGACAUGCUCGCAGCCGAGGUAGAUGUUUUGCUUGCCGACAAGUCCAAGUAUGGAGCCGAGGUAAAUGCCUUCCUCGCGGACAAAUCCAAGCACGAGGCUGAAGUAGAUGCCUUCCUCAAUGACAGGUCCAAGUACGAGGCUGAGUUAGCUGCCCUCCUCGCCGACAAGUCCACGUUUAAGGCCGAAAAGAAGAACAUCGCAGCGUCAGUUCAGCGAGUGGUUUCACAGAAGAAGGCCGAUCUAAACAGAAUCAUCUAUGGUUUCCUGCAACAGCUGCACGAUGGAAAGGUGCCUGUCCAAGAAACCUCCUAUGAGGCAAAUUUCUCCGCUCUGGCAAGAGGAAUACAAGAUUUCCUGGAGAAGAAUGCCCAGUUUGUAGCAGACAGGGAUAAUUUCUUGGAGGAGAAGAAGAAGUUCGACUUAGAAAAGCAGUCGGUCGAGCAGGCCAAAGCUUUCCUAGAGGCGGAUAGGAAGUACGUCCUGGCGCAGAGCGCAGCUCUAAACAAAAAGAGGGAGGAGCUGGCAGUGGUAAGAUCCAACCCUCUAGUAUCUCACCCAAAAAGCAACGAAGGUGGUCCGUUGCAUACCGCCCAAAUACAACCGCUGCCGGUUAAUUCAAAAUUCGGCACUUCGAGAAUACACAUCAACACUAGUAGCGCUUCUCAGCCGCCUCCACAAACCGCUCCUCUUGCGCCAUCUCGGUUCAUUCCUCCAGUUCCCACGAAUACCUCGGUGCCACCUUGUGCAACGGCCAUAACCCAGGGUCCACCAGUGUCGUUCACAAGGCAGCCGCCGGGCAACAGCAACGACUUCUUCGAGCAAGGUAACAGUAAUCCCCUCUUCAGGCGACCGCCCAGCAACAACUCUGCGCAGCCGCCCACAUCUACCUCAGCCACCAAAGUCUCGGGAGCAAAGGAUCCCUUCGGGAACCCUCAUGCUUCAAACAACUUCCAAGCAAACCCAGAUCUUUCAUCGUCCACGUCCGUCGCAUCGCAGAUACCUGUUUUGUCAUUGGAUCAGCAGCUUUUAUCACUAGGACGGCCUGGCAACCCGUCGACCUUCUUGCAAGCAGCGCAAACGCCUAGCACAUUCAGGCCCUACACCGAUUUCCUCCAGAAGUACGCGUCUCGUCAGGCUUUGGCAGCGGGGACAUACAGCUCUGCUCCUCUUGCUGUACAGCAGACGGUCUCGGCAAGCGCCGGAAUGUCUGAGGCAGAUACCGAGGACGAUGAUGGGGACGAUGGUGUGUUGUCAGAGUCGGAAGCGAGCUUCCACAGCUGCAGCUCGGAUUAA